AUGGAUGGGCUCGCUGGCAUGGACCUUGUCGACUGGAUAAGAGGCGGAUAUGUGGUGCUAGCUGCCAGUGUCAUGGCUGUCAACAGUCUCAAGUUCCUUCGUGACAGGUUCAUUUCAUACGGUGCCCGGACUCUGCCAGCAUCGAAGGAGCCGAGUAGCAAACCUUCGGCAGUGGCCACCGUCUCUCCAUGGAGUGGUAUUGCAGGAAUCCUGAACCGCGUGGCAACCUGGGAUGUGCCGCAUUCCUACUUUACCCAUUUCUACUACUGCGCCGUCGGCGUGGCGCUCUUCUGGUGGUAUCAGCUUCUGGCCAGAGGUUGGGCCUUUAAGCUCAUUGCCAGCAUGGUAGAUCACGAAAAAAGAAAGAGUUCAAUGUCCUUUAACCAGAUAUUCCUUUGCUGGACGCUUUUUACCAUCCAGGCCUGCCGUCGACUCUACGAGUGCCUCUCAUUUGUGAAGCCCUCGCAGGCAAGGAUGCACGUCGGGCAUUGGCUCUACGGAUUUACCUAUUAUAUCGUCAUGGGAGUCGCUAUUUGGAUUGAAGGAACAACAACUCUACUCUCAACUAAUAGUCCAUUGGGCGAUGCUGCUAUGACGGCGCCUUCCCUGAGGUCAUUGAUCUUUAUCCCGGUGUUCAUAUUUGCUUCUGGGAUACAGUAUGACUGCCACGAGUAUCUGGCAUCCCUUGUUAAAUAUACCCUCCCGGUGCAUCCCGCGUUCGUCAACAUAAUAUCUCCACACUACACCGCGGAAUGCAUGAUAUACCUUUCGUUAAGCUUCCUUGCUGCACCCCCAGGAUCGAUUGUCAACAGUACCAUCUUUUCCGCCGUAAUUCUCACUGCAGUGCAGUUGGGUACUUCAGCAGCAGCUACCAAGAAGUGGUAUAGCGAGAAGUUCGGGAAGGAAAAGGUCAAGGAUAGAUGGGUCAUGCUACCCCUUAUAUGGUAG